AAGAGACAAAAAUAGAUUAAAAUAAACAAACGCCAAGGCGCAGAUAAGUAAAAUAAAAUUACAACAUGCAUGUAAGUUGAUUUUAAUUUGGAUUAAGUUUAGCUAUUAUGGGCUGAACAUAAUCUCGGCCCAAAUACAAGUCCACGAGCCUAUGAUAGAUCUUACGAGACAAUACGAUGCCGUUUUCAGGUCUUCUUAUCCCCUUGAAUCUAUCCAUCGUCAAAGUGUUGUCUGAGCGGAACAGUCUCUCUUGCUGUCUGCAAUUCGCAAUGGCUUCCUUCACAACAUCUUCUUCUUCUUCGUCGUCCUUGCUUCUCCCCAAAACGGUAGUUCCCGUAAGCCACCCGACACGCUCUCAUACACUCUCCUCCGGUAUCUUCCUUACCGGAAAAUGGAAUCCUAUGCUCCGGAGCAUCUCCUCCACCGCCGGGUCUCGCCCUGGGGUUGCAAUUGUCAAGGCUGCGACGGUGGACUCGGAUUACUCGUCGAGGAGGAGCAGCAGCAACGAGCAGAGGGAGACGAUAAUGCUUCCAGGAUGCGACUACAACCACUGGCUGAUUGUGAUGGAGUUCCCCAAGGAUCCAGCGCCAACGAGGGAGCAGAUGAUUGAUACUUAUCUCAACACUCUCGCUACUGUUCUUGGAAGCAUGGAAGAGGCAAAGAAGAAUAUGUAUGCAUUCAGUACCACUACGUAUACUGGUUUCCAAUGCACCAUUGACGAAGAAACAUCUGAGAAGUUCAAGGGUUUGCCUGGAGUUCUCUGGGUUUUGCCGGACUCCUACAUAGAUGUCAAGAACAAGGACUAUGGAGGCGACAAGUACAUCAAUGGAGAGAUUAUCCCCUGCACUUACCCAACCUACCAACCAAAGCAGCGCAAUAACUCCAAGUAUCAAAGUAAGAGGUACGAAAGAAAAAGAGACGGUCCACCACCUCCUGAGCAGCAGAGGAAACCAAGACAAGCACCACCACCACCCGCUUCUGAUUCCUCUUGAACGUCUGUCCCUUUGUACCGGAGUGUGUGAGAUUUUGAUCGAUGGAUUAGUCCCUAGCUUAUUCUAACCGGAUGUAAUCUGUGAUGAUAAUUGAUAAGACAGGCCCUUUGGUUUUGGUUA